AUGUGGUCAAUUCCUCAAGGGGAUCCCACGUCUCCAACUGUGCUUGCCCAGAUUCUUCGACCUUGGCAUGCGAUCAUUCACCUCAAGCACCCCAUGGUUAGAACGUGGGCAUAUUGUGAUGACAGGUCGCUGCGGUGCUCCGGUACUUUGGAAGACCUGAAUGAGGCUCUCGCUUCAACUCGUCGUUUUGAUGAUGUUGUUGGUUUCUCUGAAAAUAUGAAGAAACGACAAAUUUGGGCAAAUAAUGAUGCCGUUGAACACCUUGGUCUCUCGGUGUGCCCCGCCUCGCAAGAUUUGCCCACUUUGCGCAAUGGGUGGGAUGCCAUUGCCGAUAAUUUUCCUUUUCUUGCGAAGAUUCCUGGUGGCGUCAUGCCCCGCGAGAAUGCCGUCCGUGUUUUCUUCAAAAGCAAAUGGACCUGGCCGGUGCCUCUCAUUGCACCCCCACCUGUUUCGUUUGUGAGUAAGCUUUUUCACCAACUUUUGAAUCACACAAAGUGCUCUUGGUGGUGUAGUGGCAGGUUUUGGGCUGAUAGAAUUGACAUUCAUCCAAUCUUUGGCUUGGCCUGUGCAGCUGUGUUGUCUGCGCACCGCUUUCAUAAUCCACCUCCAAACGCUGUUUUCCGUGCAGUUAAGUUUUACCUUGAACUCUUGGAUUUGCAUCUUGUGUCUUGGGAUAAUAGGGGCCUGUACUUUUCAGUUAACCCUCAAAAUCAAAAUUUGAGCCGUUUCGUUAGUGCGUAUGGUGAAUCCAUCAAACUCAUGCCAGAAGGUGUUCCACCUCAUGUCCUUCGGGUUGCUGCUAGACACAAAAGCCUUUUGCAGAUCCGGCCUUCUCGAUUGGACUCUGAAGAUUUCAGUAACAUAGAUGUUGAGGCUUCGUCCCACCCUCUAUGGUCAACGUGGCGAGCAAAGCUUUCUCGCAAAAACCUCAUUGUUCUUAAUAUUUAUCGGGGUGGUGCGAUCCAGACCCCUACAAGAGGAGGGUAUAGCCAUGAUCCUUCUUGCCCUUUCUGCAAUGCGCAGCUCGCCUCCAUGCGGCAUUUUUGGGCAUUGUGCCCCAAGUUCAGAGCAAAGCGAGAUUUUCUUGAGGGUUUUUUUCAAAUCCCUUCUGGUUGGUGGGCACUUCAGCCUCGCGUCACCUCCAAAAGUGGUUGGGUUGUGCUUUCUGCAGCCGUUUCGGCUGUGCAAAGAGCCAAAUGCCAGAUUGCUGCUUGUGAGCUUGCUUUCGAAAUCAACGAUGCUUUGCAUCCCAUUUCUUCUUCUCCUUAG